AUGACAGAGCUGCCUAGGGGGCAUUUCUCAGGCCGCACUGUCUCCGGCACGCGGCAACCGGACGCUUUACGGACAGGAUGGAGGACAACUUUACGUCAAGGGAUGCAACUGAAACGACGGAGUACAGGCGGGAAAUAUUGUGGCCCAUGCCAAGCCGGGCCGGGCGUGCAGGAGCACGAAAUUCAAUACCGCCGAGAGAAGCAAACAACAGCUCGGCAAAAUCAAACGGACACGAGGGUCCAGGCUCAACUUCAGACAUGCACUUUCCCAAUGACUCGGUGGUGUCAUGGCCGCCAGACUACAAUUGCUCAUGAUGGCCGCGGGCAGGCAGCAACAAAAAGACUGGGAGAAGGACAAAAGUGGUAG